CUUCGUUUGGACGCUGAACAUCCUCCAAAAUCUUCUCUAACCUACUCCGUCCUUUCCUUGCUGCUACAUCAAACAAACCCAGUUCACCAGCCAUGACUAUCUAUAAAUCUCCUAUCCCCGAUCAGGUUAUCCCUCAGAUCAAUGUUUACUCCUUUGUUGCCUCCAACCCAAACAAUAUAAAGGAUUCAUAUCCAAUCUUUAUAGAUGCCUUGACGGGGAGAGUUGUUACUUUUGGUGAAUGGAAACGUGAUACUCGCCGUUGGGCUACCGGUCUCCAGUCUCUUGGCUUCAAGCGCGGCGAUGUUUUGGCGCUCUUUUCAUUCAACCAGGUUGACUAUUCCAUCCCUAUGUUUGGCUCACUCCUUCUUGGGGGCAUCGCCACCACUGUCAAUCCUGGAUAUACUGCAAAUGAGCUGGCUUAUCAUCUCGAAGAUUCAGGUGCAUCGAUUAUCGUCACACACCCUGAAUUACUUCCUGUCGCUAUUGAAGGGGCCAAGAAAGUUGGUCUUCCCCUCAGCAAGAUCUUUUUAUACGGCAACAAAGAAGUCGACGGCUUCAAGCCCUAUAGCGCUACUUUCCCUCCAGAAAACACAGUUGAGGACUUGUUGGCUCCCGUAGCUGAGCUGAAGGGGAAGGAUGCUACUGAAACCAUCGCGCUGAUUUGCUACUCUAGUGGCACUACUGGCAAGAGCAAGGGAGUAGAAUUGACGCACUUUAAUCUAAUUUCCAAUAUCAUGCUAAUAAUAGCGAUGGAGAGAGGUAUUGACAUACAGGGAGUCGCUUUCUUAGAUGUGGUGCCGAUGUAUCACAUUUAUGGCAUUCAGUUUCAUAUCAUACAUGGCAUCUAUAACGGUUCCAAGACUGUUGUCCUUCAAAAGUACAGCCCAGUCGACUUCUUAAAGGCUAUUCAGGAAUACAAGAUCGCGUUUCUCAACUUGGUACCACCUCAGAUCCUCAUGCUAGUGAAAGCACCUAUUGUCGACCAGUAUGAUCUCUCGAGCGUUCGCUUUGUCAUGUCCGCUGCUGCCCCUUGCUCGCGUGAACUGAGCAUGGGUCUCUUAAAGAAGUUUCCUAGAAUCCAAUUCCGUCAGGCAUAUGGAAUGACAGAGUUGUCUGGUGUCUCGCACAUGGGACUUUAUCACAAGGUUAUCCAUGGCUCCAUUGGAUAUAUGGUGCCUAACCAAGAGGUUCGUUUGGUAGACCCUGAGACAGGAAAGGGCGCCGGGGUAGGGGAAUGCGGAGAAGUUUGGGUGCGUGGGCCAAAUGUCAUGAAGGGCUAUCGCAACAAUGUCAAAGGGACCAAGGAGACAAUUGACUCUGAGGGAUGGCUGCGCACUGGAGACAUUGCUAUUGUGGAUAAGGAUGAGAAUUUUUACAUUGUAGACCGUCUGAAAGAGCUUAUCAAGUACAAAGGAUUCCAGGUGGCGCCCGCAGAGUUAGAAGCGUUGUUGUUGGAUCAUCCACUAGUUUUGGAUGCAGCUGUCACUAGUGUCGAGGACAAGGAGCAAGCAACAGAGGUGCCUCUUGCAUUUGUAGUGAAAGCACCUAGGGAGGGUCAGGCCUUAACAGAAAAGGAUAUCCAAGACUAUGUGGCCUCGAAGGUUGCGGGACACAAGAAGCUGCGUGGUGGUGUCCGCUUUAUUGAGGCAAUUCCCAAAUCUGUAUCAGGCAAAAUCCUUCGAAGAGAGCUUCGGUUGCUUCUGUAG